GUAAGUUUAUGUAAACGGGUUAAAAAUUGUUGCCUCAAUAUGCCUGGUAAGAAGUUUAAAGAGCCAAACUCUAAAGCAGUGGCCGCUAAAGAGAGGAAGUCAGCGGCUAAGAGAGAAGAAGACGAAAGGAAAAGACAAGAAGAGGAGGACCAGUACUGGAGGGACGAUGAUAAACAUGUAGCGAGGAAACAAGACAGAAAGGCUGACAGAGAGAGAAAGCGUCAAGAUCAGCUUGACAAGAAACUCGAAGCAAAGAAACUUCUAGAAGCCGAAGAACAGGGCUUGAAAGGGAAAGCCUCUUCACGUCCUCCUCCAAAAGUAACAAGAGCACAGAUCGCCGAAUCACAGGCCUCUAGCGGAGCCACACCCCUCCCAAAAUCAGUAGUGGAAGUAGACCCAUUGAUAGAGAAUCCUAAUCAUUUAAUGCAACAGAGAUCUCUAGAGGGCCAUCACGACGCAGCAACUGUUGAUGAAGCGAUUGCUGUACUUAAAGUUAGUGGACCUGAUCAAGGACUUGACAGACAUCCGGAGAGGAGAAUGAAAGCUUCUUAUGCUGCAUUUGAGGAGAGAGAAAUAGCCAGACUCAAAGCUGAGAAUCCUAACCUUAGGCUGUCUCAAGUGAAGCAGUUGGUUAGGAAGGAGUGGAUGAAGUCGCCUGAAAACCCAAUGAAUCAACCACACAGUUCCUUCAAUGAGAAAUCAUGAUGGCUGAUCUGAUACUGUGUAUAAUAUAUGUACAUGCAUAUAGUGCAGAAAACUAUUUUCUAUAAAAUGAGAGAAAUAUGAUUUUAACAUAAUUUAUUUAAUUAUAAUAAUUUAAAUGCUAUUCUCUCACUCUUAUUAUUAUUGGUAGUUUGGUAUUACUGUUCUCUUAUUUUUAUUUCAGUUGAUAAUUAUGAAUAGAAUGGAUAAUACUAUAUUCUUCUUCAUCGUCA